CAACGACACUGGAUGAGCAAACCCACCGGCCCAACAUCUCCAGAAGCGGAAGAAGCAGCAACAACAUCAACGAUCCUAGCAUCAGUAGCCCGAGAGGCAGCAGCAGAGACAGCAGCAGCAGAGGCAGCAAAAGCAAAGGCAGCAGCAGUAGAGGCAGCAGCAGCAAAGGGAACAGCAGCAGAGGCAGCAGCAAUGGAGACAAAAGCAGCAGAGGGAGCAGCAACAACAAGAACCAGCACGCCAAACCAUCAAACCCAGAGUCGAGAUUGGCGCACCCUCAUACAGACAAAUCUCUGGUUGGGCUACCUCAGCCUCAGAUGAGUGGAGAUGGCCAGACCCCCCAA